AUGGACGAAUCAAACGAAAAUUUAGAGCGUAUAUGGGCCAUGAUCUUGGCCAGCGAGGAGGUCGAUGACGAAUCACACAUCGACAAACGAGAGGCCGAUGAAGCACACCACGAGCGCGAGAGGGCUAGCGGGAACAAGCUCUGGAGCAUCUACAUUUCCGAGGCGGAGAGCUACGAUAAAGGUCUCAUCGAGGGCUGGCGCAGCGAGAUGGAUGGACUGCUGAUCUUUGCCGGUCUCUUCUCGGGCGUCAUUACAACAUUCAUCAUUGACAGCUACAAGACGCUGAACGCGGACCCGGGCAGCCAGACUGUCGUGCUCCUCAGCCAGACCGUCGCACUGCUCAGCCAGAUCUCAAACCAGCUCGCGAACAUGAACAACGGCACAGCGGUAGCGAACGUACUCCCUCCCCCUGUUGCCUUUUCCCCCCCGGUCUCCUCCCUUAUCUGCAACGCGCUUUGGUUCGCCAGCCUCGGGCUCAGCUUGUCGAGCGCACUUGUCGCGACUCUGGUCAAGCAGUGGGCCCAGGAGUACCAGCACCGCACAUCCAUGUUCUCGUCUCCCUCCGUCCGCGCGCGCGUGUACAUGUAUCUUUACUACGGCUUACGACGCUUCAAUAUGCAUGCCGUUGUCGGCAUUCCGCCGCUUCUGCUGCAUGGUGCACUGGUCCUUUUCUUUGCGGGCUUGGUAGCAUUUCUCGUGCCCAUCAACGUCAUCAUCAUGGGAAUCUCCUCUGCUCUUCUGCUCGUUUUUGUCCUGGUCUACGUAACAUUCACCACACUCCCCCUGCUUUUCUUCGACUGUCCGUAUCAGACACCGCUCACACGAAUCCUCUGGUCGCUGAAUCAGAGCUUGGGACGUGUGCUGAGGGUUUAUAUUUGCAGGGCAGUGGCUGCUUGCAAGACCUUCCUUCAAGAGAAAAUUGCUGUGACAGACCCCGAGAACGGAGCCGGAUCUGCUCUGACAAACCCCGAUGCCUCUGCCGAGCCUUCUGCACCUGCAGAUACUCUUUUGCAGUCUCAGAGCAUGGUGGAUGCUUUGAAAGCAGCAUCACUGUAUCCUCCCGUUGAGACGGAGACCCGGACACUUGCAUGGGCCGUCCAGUCUCUCUCUGACGAUGACGAGCUUGAGAAACUUGUCGAGGGGCUCCCCCAGACGCUGUGGGAUUUUGAUAAAAACAAGCCUCGAAGCGUGUAUCAGGCACUAUUCCUGUCCCUUUUACGUGAUCCAGAAGUCCACCUCGGCCAGCGUCUCGCCGAUUUCAUGGCUGGCUCCAACAGCAAUCUGCUCGAACACAAGGACCGCCUUCGCCGCCAGCUCUCUGUACUCCGGGCCAUCUGGGCCAUCUGCGCAUUCUCCCUUCACACGGGGUCGCCUCUACAAAGUCCGAUCGGAGAAGCUGAUGUGCACGGUGCACUGCUUAGCUCGAGAUUUCUCAAUUCCGAUGAAGUGCAGAGCAUGGUCCACGCCGUGUCUGCUUUGAUCCGUCUGAACGUGAUCGAGUCUCGUAGCCAGGAACGGGCCCUGACACAGCCGAGCGACUCCGACAGCAAUAUCCGCACCGAAGCAGAGAAGGAAUGGCAAGCAGAGAAGCACCGGACGUAUACACAAUAUCUGGUGGCAUUUUCCACAUGCGCUGCCAGCUUCCAACGGGAUGCGACCAAUUCACUCUUCCACCAGUCGCAAAUGCUCUUUACGGAAGCAGACAACUUCUGGACUGUACAUCACGCUCUCGAUGAACUGAUUGAAUACACAUCCAACAAGUCAGCGGACAAUCUCGUCUUUGCUGCUCGCCAGAUCAUCACCCCAUUUGCUCAGACAUCGGAAUAUCCAAAUUGGCCGCUGUGGGGUCUUGCACCGUUCCUUCUCCGACAUCCGUCCCUUGCGGCCUCCGAGGGGAGGCCCGACUCACAGCCCGGUUCGAAGCAUCACUACACCCGAUUCCUGUGCCAUAAGCUAUGCGACAACUUGGGGCGGCGAUCGAAUCCCCGGCCAUCUGUUGACGCCCUCCAGCUGAUUUACGGACAUCUGCUUGACUCCCCUGCGCCACCAAGAGACUUCGAUACCCAUCUUCGGGUCCUCCGCACUCUGCGGACUGAAGCAGCCGACAUCCGCACGCACCGUCUGGCUGCCAUCGUCCAGUGCGUCAUACUCAAGACUUUCUCGUCGGAUUUGUCGGAGUGGGGCAAGUCGUGGGAAUCGGCAGAUUUGUCGGAAUGGGAGGGAUUGCUGAGUAUCUUCGAUGACAAGGACUGGUUCCGCUCUGUGCUUGGCCUUGACAACAAUGAGCAGACAGAGCGGGCAUCGGCACAGCAGAUUUACGGGUGUGCAUGUGUGGGUGUUUAUAGCACUUUCUUCAAGCAGUGUACCGCCCGGAGUCCCGAUCAAAUGGAGCGGGAACUGGACUGCGAGACGCUCAAAUCGGUGCCCUACGCAGUCGACGACAUUCGUUCGGUGAUCCCGACUGAAAUGCAACGUCGAUUCGCCGACACUGUCUCUGGAUUCAUCCGCAAAUAUCCGAAGGACUGUCUUGCGGGCGGGACUGAACUGUUCCGGGUGCUUGUCUGGGCCGUCAAGAAGCACAACGGGUGGAUCAAGGAUUUGGAUGCAUUGCAUGUCCUGUGCACGGCUGUGUCGGAGGUGCAGACGGACCACAAGCAGCAAUCACAUCGGGACCGUGCUGAAUGGAUCCGCGGAUACAUGCAGGCGCGGCUCCUUCUUGAGACCCGGAUCCGGGAGCGGAUGCAGGAACAGCUCCUUCCUGAAAACAUUCUAGCCGAGUCUGUCCCGCUCGCUUGGGUCAGCGAGUAG